AUGGGAACACAGGAGCCGGGAUGGGAACACAGGAGCCGGGCAGAGCCGGGCCGGGAACACAGGAGCCGGGCAGAGCUGGGCCGGGAGCCCAGGAGCCGGGAUGGGAACACAGGAGCCGGGCAGAGCCGGGCCGGGAACACAGGAGCCGGGCAGAGCUGGGCCGGGAGCCCAGGAGCCGGGAUGGGAACACAGGAGCCGGGCAGAGCUGGGCCGGGAGCCCAGGAGCCGGGAUGGGAACACAGGAGCCGGGCAGAGCUGGGCCGGGAGCCCAGGAGCCGGGAUGGGAACACAGGAGCCGGGCAGAGCUGGGCCGGGAGCCCAGGAGCCGGGAUGGGAACACAGGAGCCGGGCAGAGCUGGGCCGGGAGCCCAGGAGCCGGGAUGGGAACACAGGAGCCGGGCAGAGCUGGGCCGGGAGCCCAGGAGCCGGGAUGGGAACACAGGAGCCGGGCAGAGCUGGGCCGGGAGCCCAGGAGCCGGGAUGGGAACACAGGAGCCGGGCAGAGCUGGGCCGGGAGCCCAGGAGCCGGGAUGGGAACACAGGAGCCGGGCAGAGCUGGGCCGGGAGCCCAGGAGCCGGGAUGGGAACACAAGCCGGGGCGCCGAGGCAGCGCAUUACAUCGGCUCCAGGCUUCGAGGAGUCUUUUCAGGAUGGGUGCAGCGAACUUUCCAGAGCACCCAGGCAGCUGCGGCCUCCCAGAACACCUGUGCUGCUGAUGACAAGGCUACAAGCCCUGUGCCCAAGGACUGUCUUGUUUGCUCCUACAAUGAAUGGGAUCCACUGGAAGAGGUCAUUGUGGGAAGAGCUGAAAAUGCUUGUGUCCCACCUUUUUCUGUGGAGGUUAAGGCAAACACAUAUGAAAAAUAUUGGGGAUUUUACCAGAAAUUUGGAGGCCAUAGUUUCCCCAAAGACCAUUUAAAAAAAGCUAUUGCUGAAAUUGAAGAGAUGUGCAAUAUUUUGAAGGGAGAAGGUGUUAUUGUCAAGAGGCCUGAUCCAAUUGACUGGUCUGUGAAGUAUAAAACACCUGAUUUUGAGUCUACAGGUAUGUAUGCUGCCAUGCCAAGAGACAUCCUCUUAGUGGUGGGAAAUGAAAUUAUUGAAGCACCUAUGGCUUGGCGUGCUCGGUUCUUUGAGUACAGGGCAUAUAGACGAUUAAUCAAAGAUUAUUUCAACAGUGGUGCUAAGUGGACAACUGCCCCCAAACCCACAAUGGCAGAUGAACUCUAUGAUCAGAAUUAUCCAAUCCACUCUGUUGAAGACAGGCAUAAACUGGCUGCUCAGGGAAAAUUUGUAACUACUGAAUUUGAGCCAUGCUUUGAUGCUGCUGACUUCAUUAGAGCUGGAAGAGAUAUCUUUGUACAAAGGAGCCAGGUUACAAACUGCAUGGGUAUUGAAUGGAUGAGGCGACACCUUGCACCAGACUACAGAGUGCACAUAAUAUCCUUUAAGGACCCCAACCCUAUGCACAUUGAUGCCACUUUUAAUAUCAUUGGGCCUGGUCUCGUGCUCUCUAACCCAGACCGUCCCUGCCACCAGAUUGAGCUCUUCAAGAAAGCUGGCUGGACAGUGAUUCAACCUCCAGUGCCACUCAUCCCAGAUGACCACCCACUGUGGAUGUCUUCUAAGUGGCUGUCCAUGAAUGUCCUGAUGCUCGAUGAGAAACGUGUGAUGGUGGAUGCCAACGAGACAUCGAUUCAGAAGAUGUUUGAAAAGCUGGGCAUUUCCACAAUUAAGGUGAACAUUCGCCACGCCAAUUCUCUGGGAGGCGGCUUCCACUGCUGGACGUGUGACAUCCGCCGCCGUGGCACCCUGCAGUCCUACUUUGACUAGGAGUGAGCCCAAUAGGUAGCAAUGUUCAGCUUCUAAAGUAGGCAUAGGAAAUGAGCAAAUCUGUCACUCUUGUUAAAAUGAGCUCUAGUGCUUGAUAAGUGGUGUCCUCAUAAUGGUCUGGGUAAUGUUUUAUUCUUAAAUACCCUUCACUUUCAGUAGGAUAAUUACUUCCAUCAGCAAUACGGGUUUUCUGGCUGCCUUUUUGAAAGACAUCCUUCAUCUGUGAAGCCUUUUCACGUUGGCUUUGAAUGUAAAAACUUGACAAGAUAGCUGAAAGGUCUUGCUAGAACAGCUUGUCCACUAAUACUGGAUAUCUACCUCUGUCUAGUUACCUUAUCAAAUAGGCAGCUUGAAAUGUGAAACUUGAGUAAACUUUUCUUAUUCCUUUUAACCACCUCAUGGUUCUAGUAUAUUCAUGUCUAAUGAAGUUGAAACAGAUGCAACUGUAUAGAACUCUUAGGGAACCAAGCAAUUUUAUCAUGUUUUUCAUGUCUAACUAUACAGAUAUUUACAGAGAAUUUUUAGUAUGAUCUAACUUUUAAGACAUGUUCACUUAUUGCCAUGUUCUUCUACAUUUUCUUCUGAUGCAUGUCAUGCACCUCAGUACUUUUUUAUAUUGCUUUUUGUAUUGCUGAAAUUGGGUUUUAUUUAACUUUUAAGUAUACAAAUGAUAGCUAAUAUUCUGCUUGUACAGGUUUCACUCUGAGUUGUUUACAUAACUUAAAAAGAGGCACAAAAGAAAAGCCCAACAAUAACUCCCCCCCCAACUUUAAGCUUCUGACAUCUUACAACCCGGACUUCCUUCAGCUGUAGCAGAUACAGAAAUAUGUAUCAAACAUGCCUGAGGCCAUGGAGGAAUUUGAGUUUUGAUUCCUGAAUAUGUACUUUUUA